UAUUUGAUUCUAAAAUGGAAUUUUUAAAAUCGCUGGGUCUUCAAUCAACAUCCCAUUUGGAAGCUAUCUUCCAAUGGAAAUUCUGCAUUAUGCUGGAUCAUCAAUCAACAUUCUCUUUGGCAGCUUGGAUUGGAUUUUGGCCCUGUUUAGUAAAAAAUACCAACUUGGCCAGCGGAAUCUACAAAUGAAUUCAAACACCUUUAAUUUCAUCAAUCAACACUUUCAAGAAUCUAUAUAUCCAGCGGUUGGCAUAUUGAAAUAACAGUAAUUGCACCAUUCAUCAUCCACAAAUAUCAACAUUGCAGCAUUCAACGCCUUAAAAAUCUGUCACACAAGCCAAUAUUUUCAGGGAUAAUAAUAGAACAUCCAAUGAAAUCCAGCUUUUUUGUAGGCAGUAUACAACGCAAGACGUAUUAACCAGUUAUAUUUUCAUCAAUCAACAUAUCCAAGAAUCAACAUUGUAAAAUGUCAACGUUUCAGCAAUCAACAAACUUAACAUCAAACAACAUAUUCAACAACAAUCAACACCAUUAACAACAAUCAACACCUUUAACAACAAUCAACACCUUUAACAACUAUCAACAUCAUCAACAACAAUCAACUUUACCAACAACAAUCAAAAUUUUCAUCAACAAUCGAUAUUUUCGGGGAUAACGGACAGCCAAAACCAAUAGGUUUUAACAAUUUUACCACUCAACACAUUAACAGGCCUACCUAAUACCCCACGUUAUGUACAAAAAUAAUCACCGUCUUUCGUACCGCCACGUUACCGAAGAAGCUAGGAGAAUAGUUUUGUCAAUGUUGAAUUUGUUCAACUUUAAAAAACCAACAUUUAUGUACAUGUUAGCUGAAACGGCAUGUUUUACUAUGCAUUGCAUUUAUACUUAACUAUCAUGCCCUAUGAGCAUAUCAAGCAGAACACCCCACUUAAAGGUGUAUUUUUAAAUAAUUUUCAUGUGGUGUAAACAGUGUACCAUAUAUUCUAGUUGUUGAUACAUAUUGGGUUUUGCUAAACUCUCUAAACUUUUUGUGAUAAUUUCGCGGAUUUUGUGCCGCUCAACAAAACAAAAGAAAGUGACUGAUUUUGGCAUUCGAUCCUUUUUUCUAAAAAUACAGAUUUUUGCAAGAAUAUUCCAAGCAAAUAAAAGCAAAAAUGAUAAAAUGCCCAAUAAGAAAUCACAUAUAAUAUUCUCUGUUAUUCUAGCAUAAAGGUUAGAAGGCUUUUGAAAACAUGGGAAUAUAUUUCGCAUUUUUACAGUACCAAAGCCUAGGUAAGGUUGGCCAAGAAGACUACUUUUGACAACAAACUUAGUAGUUUUCGCCCAAUUGUGGUUUGACUCUCUGUGACAGACGUUUAAACGAUCCAACAUAUCCAUAAUCACAUACAAAAAACAAGUCUGACAACCUACAGUCUACAAUCAACAGGCAUAACAGCAUCCCGUCUUCAAUCAACAAAUCUUCAAUCAACAAAUCUUCAAUCAACAAAUCUUCAAUCAACAAAUCUUCCAUCAACAAAUCUUCAAUCAACAAAUCUUCAAUCAACAAAUCUACAAUCAACAAAUCUGCAAUCAACAUUAUUUCAUUAACCACGUCUGCAAUCAACAAAUCUUCAAUCAACAACGUUACAAACAACAUUCAACAAACCUACAAAGGAACAAAGAAGAAUGUUUAAAUUAUUCAAAUAAAAAUUGCGGAGGCAACAAUUGUGAUGAGGUAUAUACCAAGGACCAUUGAAACGUGUUUAUGUGGCUAUUUACAUAUUCACUUCAUUAAGAAGAAGAUUACUUACAUUUGCAAAUAGCCUCAUACAUCGCGUUAUUAUAUACAUAUGUCAUUGAAUUAAUGGAUUCCACAGAGAUCUAAAAAACAAAUACUUGUGCUAUAUGUGGACCAAUAAACCAAAAAUACGGAACAAUAUUAUUUUUAUAAAGUAUACCAAAACGACGUACUCUGCGUAACACGUUAUGUACUCUUACGUAUCUAUUAAAACAUCUUAUAACUACUUUUCUAUGAGAUUCAUAUAAUCUAGAAAGUUUUUAAUUGAAGCUUCCAGACUAUUUUACAGGCAAUUGUUUUCAUCAAUUUAAACGGGUUGUUAUUUACUAACCUGAACACGGGAAAAGGUUAAAACAUUAGAGUUGUUGGUGAUUUCGACCUUUAUAAGAUUUUACCUUUUAGAAGCAUAGAGUUGUUAUAGCCACCAACAUGGAGAGAAGGGUAUAUUAAAUUUUUAUUCCGUUUAGCCGACAAUUGCUAUUAGAUUUCGAAACUUUAGCUGCAUUCCCCAUCCUAUCUAAAUUUUUUCAAAUAUUGAGCACAGAAACUUCUGUUCAUAAAUGUUUUCUUAAUUUCAUGGUGAAGGACAUUGAAAGUUUUUUCCCCUAAAUAUUAUUAAUUAAGAACGACAACUUGCGCGCAGAUAGUAAAUAAAAGUUUUCGAGGCUUUGGAAGAUUAGUGUUUAUUUGUGCCACAUAUCACAGAGUUUACAUAUGUAGUUAUAUUUCCAUGACAUAAAACAUACACACGAUAAUUAUUGAAGGUUUGCUGAACUUCUAUGAACACAAGUGUCCACAUAUGGCGCUAAAUAAGAUACAUUGGUAAGUAUGUUCAUUUUUACAGGCAUUGUUUUAGCAAAAUUGAACUACAAUCAACCAUCUAUUUCUGGAAAUAACAGCAAUCAACUGAACCCUAAAAGAGGAUGAAAACAUGUACUGAAAAAAAAAAAACGAAAUAUCAGCAAUACAAAAUGCAAAAUUCCAAUUUUUUUAUUAUCUGCUGCAUCCAAGCAAAGGCAGAAUAUAAUUUGAGAACAACAUUAUUAUGAAUUUAUACAUCAUAUAUCUACCAACAAACGACAAUAAUGGUGAAGGUACCAAGCCAUUAUUUGAGCGUGAUGAUGUAAAAGUGAAUACAGUUGCCGAUGGUGAAAGUAUCUCCUCCAAAAAAAUCAAAAGUCACAAGGCAUCUAGUCCUUCCAAAGGCGUUAACGGGCUGGUGAAACAAAACUCCCCAGACGUUACGCAAAAAUUCACCAAAAAAUACGGAAGCUCUGAAAAUCCGGAUUUUAGGCGGCAUAGUUCAUAUGAGAAAGACAAUUACCACAAGUCCAAUUCAAAAUCUGGAGUCCACCUUGAAGGUCACGAAGGAAAUUAUAGACCGUAUUUCAGCGAUCCUAUUCGGGAAAGGGAUCGAUUGAGACGUUUGUAUGGCAGCCCCAAUGAACGAAGAUCACGUUCACAUUCCCCCAGCAGCAAUAGGCGACGAAGUUCACAUAGAUCACGGCGUGGAAGCGGUAGCCCUAGGAGUAGACGCUAUACAAGUCGACAUAGACGUCGAAGCAAUUCCCAAGAUAGAACUUCAUGGAAGCAUAACCCUGAACAUAGAACUAGUCGCCGUUCGCGCACACGCUCUCCAAGAGGAAAUCGUUCGAGACGCAGAAGCUCUACUUCUUCCAACGAGGACGAUGAAAGAGAAUAUAGACAUAGACAUCACAGAUCUCAGGAAAGGUCAUAUCCAAAUGUUCUUCCAACAUUACCGCCAGCAUUAACCAAUUAUCCAUGCCAUUAUCAUGUCGCACCAAUGUUGGCUCUGCCUGGUGUACAACACCGCCCUUUCUUACCAAUGGUUGCUUCAGUGAGACAUCUCCCCCCACAAGCGUUAUAUGGUGGAUUAGCAGGAGCGAUGCCAUUUAUCCCCAUGCCAAUGACGGCAUAUCGUCCACACUUGGGGCAUAGAUAUCCACCUCCCAGGCACAAAAUUAACAAAAAAAAUUAAAACCAAGAAACCACUAUCCAAGUCGAAUAUUCAAUAAGAUUAUUAUAAAAUUACAAAUAAAAAACAAUAUAUAAGGUAUAUAUUAUGUCAAAGGUCAUAAAUUUUGCGAUGCACAAAAUGCAUCAAAGAAUUUCACUGUUUUUCACUAUGAUAAGACUAUGUAAAUAUGUACCACAGCGUAAAUUCCCAUUUGGUUAAUUCUUUUAUGUUAAAAUUCAAAAAAAGACACACUUAUUUUUAUUAGAAAGUCUAGGGAAUGCUUCAUUUUGGUAAUUGAUUUUCCAAAACGUUUUUCCAUUACAUGCCUUAUAGUUUCGCCAAUAAAAAUCAGUAGGCUUGUACAUUUUCAAUCUCUAAUUUGAGAUAAAUACAAUGAAUAAAUUGACAUAUGUAAUAAUACCAUCAUCCUUAUACAUUAUGUAUGUGAUAAUAAAAGACUCAAAAUAAAUAGAAGUUGGCAACCAAAAUAUGGAUUUAGUUUAGAAAGUUUUCCAUACCCCACUAUACCCUACUGUAUGUAUCAUUGAAUAACUAUGAGUAUCGGGAUCAUGAAUAUAAUAAAUAUUUGUUAAUCGCACUUUAAUAAAA